AUGGUCAAGACUACCUACGCCCUGACGCUUUUUGCGGCUGUCAGCUUGGCGGCUCCUGUUGCUCAGCUGGAUAGCCGUGCCAAGAAGCAGGUUUCAGUUGAGCACAAGAACCUCAUUGAGGAUAUUCCGAUCAUUGGACCUAUGCUUGCGGGGAAGCAGGAUGUGAAGCGCGAUGAAGGUCAGCAUCACGACCUCAUCGAUGACCUACCAAUCAUCGGAGAGAUUCUUGGCAACAACAGGCAACGCAAGCGUGGAGAUUUCGGGAGAGAUGGUAUUAGUGGCCUGCCCAUUAUUGGGGGACUGUUUGGAAAGCACACGCACACUGGAGGUGAAAAUGGAAUGAACAAAAGACAAAGCUUCGGUCAGAACCAUGGCCAAAAUGCAGGCCAAAACGCUGGUCAAAACGCUGGUCAAAAUGCAGGCCAAAACGGAUCCAACGAGCUGGAGCGUGACCUGGAGAGCAGUCUCAGCAGUAUCCCUAUUGUCGGAGAGAUUUUUGGAAAGGGCCAUGGUAAACCCUCUCACCAGCAGACUGAAACUCCUGCGAAGUACCUCGAUACCCGCCAGGCAGGGCAUUCAAAGGGUGUCUUCGGUAUCCUGCAGUCCCUGACUAGCGGUGGUCCCGACAGCAAGAGUCACAAGCGCGCAGUGGAGUCACAACAAAUGAAACCAACGGACGGCGUCCUUGAAGGAGGCGAGUCUUCUGCCAUGCAGGUGCGCCGUGAAGAAUCAGCUGCACCAAAGGCCAACGAGGCGCAGCAUGGUAACCAAAAGGGAGGCAAGAGCCAGGAAGACAAGGCGAGUGAGAGCUCUGGCGGCCUCCUUGGUGGAUUGAUGGGCAAGGAUGGUCUUGGUGGUGUUAUUAAGGGCAAUGGCCAUCACGGCGUUGGCCUUUUCCCAAUGCGCCGUGACGCCAAGGAACUUGAGGCUCGACAAGCUCCUAUCCAGGGCUCCACUCUCACCGGCGUUCUUCUUGAGGGUGGUGCUUUGGGAAAGAUCACUAAUGCGCUUUCUGGAGGUGCUAUGCCCAAGCCCGGUUCCAGCUCCCCCACUAACAUGGGCGACGGUUCCACUUCGGGUCCUCCUGACCCUGCGUCUGGUGCUGGUCCUCACUCUGGCCCUGGCCUCGCUGCUGAGCAGCAGAAGGCCUCCGGCGCUGCUUCUGAGUAA